AUGGCUUCGUUCUCAAGACUCGUCCGCUUCCUCGCCCGAGACGGCAAGACAUACUACGGCGAUGCCAUCCUUCCCAGCGGUGUCACUGACAUCGCAAAGGCGAGACAAGCUCGCAUUGUGACGGGCGACAUUUUUGGAAGACACGAUGUCACAGAAAACGUCGCCGACAUCCGGCUGCUGUUGUCCCCUCUAGCUCCCGAGCAUGUCAAGACUGUGCGAUGCCUAGGUCUUAAUUAUGCGAACCACGCAAAGGAGUCGAACAUGGCCAUCCCCAAGUUUCCCGUCCUCUUCUACAAACCGGUGACCUCCCUUGCCGGACCGACCGACCCAAUCCCCGUGCACCCGAUCGCACAGACAGGUAGCACCUUGGACUACGAGUGCGAACUGGUCAUCGUCAUCGGCAAGACCGCCGCCGACGUGUCCGAGGAUGAGGCCCUCGAUUAUGUCCUCGGCUACGCUGUCGGCAACGAUGUGUCGCACCGCGAGUGGCAGAUCCAGCGUGGCGGAGGCCAAUGGUCGCUCGGUAAGGGAUUUGACGGCUGGGCGCCGUUUGGCCCUGGCAUCGUGACCAACAAGGUCGUCAAGGAUCCGCAGAACCUCAAGAUUUUUACUAAAGUCAAUGGAGAGACUGUUCAGGUGGGCGACGCGCCGCAAACACAGGCUAUGAGAUAA